UUUAAACAAUAUAGCAAUAAGUGUACACAGUUGUGAGGAUGGAUUCUUUUGGUAUAUUUAUCAUCUCUAUAUAAAAAACGCGUGUUUUGUUUUUAAACAUGGUUAUGCAGUUUAGUGGUUAGAACAUAAUUUGUAGUGGAAAAGUUUGUGUUUGUGUUACUGUUCAAAAAUGGAUGAAUCUGGGAUUGACUUGGCGUAUGAUCUCGCAUCUUUGCUGUCGAAUGAUUUCAACCCUGAUCACGGUAUACCGGACGAAAUGACUGCAGGACAGCAUCAGGAUUUCAUGUUUUACGAACUCAAGUCGAAAGCCGUACCAAUCACUGAAAGUCCCCCGACAUUCAAGACCCUAACACCGACAUCACGUACACAGCUCAAGCAGCAGUUGAUGCGCGAACAUGCGCAGGAGCAACUGCGCAGAGAAUCAUUACAGGCACAACAAGCAGGUCAAUCCAAAGACAAUGAAGACAAGAAAAAAUCCACACCCACAGACGUGCCGCGUAUUACGCCGCAUGUCGAACUACCUCCACAGGUUCUACAGGUCCGAACAGUUCUGGAGAACCCCACCAGGUAUCACGUGAUACAGAAGCAGAAGAGUCAGGUGCGGCAGUACCUGAGUGAGUCUUUCCAACCACAGACACAGCCAGCCACACGAGUUGCGCCCGUGCAGUCAGCGCCCGAGUUGGGCACACAACCUCCACCAUCGCCCGACAGAGCUUCCUCCUCUAGUCUACUGAGUCCAGGGAUCUGUUCUGUUGGCACCAAUAAUUCAGAGGCGGAUGAGUUCCUAGAGGAUAUCCUGUCGCUGGAUGGCGCAGGCCCGUCUUCAUCAGGCCCCCCGUCGGCCGCCAGCUCGGUGGCGGGAGACUGUGCCCUGCUGUCCGAUGCGGACAUGCAUGCCCUCGCCAAGGAUCGACAGAAGAAAGACAACCACAACAUGAUCGAGCGUCGUCGCCGAUUUAACAUUAACGACCGGAUAAAAGAACUAGGCACUCUCCUUCCUAAAUCGACGGAUCCGUUCUACGAAGUAAUACGGGACGUCAGGCCGAAUAAAGGGACGAUAUUAAAGAGCAGUGUGGACUACAUCAAGUGUUUGAGGGACGAAGUGAACAGGCUCAAGCAGAGUGAACAGCGGCGGAAACAGAUCGAGUUGCAUAACAGAAAACUCAUGCUCAGGAUACAGGAGCUGGAAAGGCUGGCGCGGGUGCACGGGCUGGCGCUGCCGGCCGGCGCGGGGCCCGCGGGGCCGGCGGGGCCCGGCGGGGGCGCCGCAGCCGGGGGACCGGCGGGCCCCGCCGCCGACGGGUGGGGCUCGCCGCACAACGACGACUCGGGCGUCGACACCGCCGGCUCCGACUGCCGCGCCUCCCCCGUCACCUGCGUGCCAGACGUGGUGUUACCAAAAACAGAACCAUCACCCCUGAUGGAUCUGAGCGAGCAGUCGACAGGGUUGAUGAGGGAUAUACCUUCAAACGAGUGUCUGACGGCCCUCGAUGCGUUAGAUGGCUUGAAACUGGGCUCAUGUUCGCCGCUGAGCCGCGACGAGGGUCUAUCUCUGGGGUGCCUGGAGUCGGAUCUUUGUCUGGAACCAGUCACUGACCACCUAUUUAGUCAUAAGGACAUAAAGAUGCGACUGUCACCGUCCCCCGGGCUGCUGGGCGGCGAGGACAGCGAGGCGGUGCUCAACCUGGCGCAGAUUGAGGACCUCAUGGAUGACGACUCACACAACCCUGUCACACAAGGCGACCCAAUGCUGUGUUCAUCCCCAACAGCAGCACUAUGUCUCAGCGAUGUGGUAGCUGGUGCUUUGUUACACGACGACGCGCCGCCAUACUCGCACACGGACGGUUCAUCGUCACUAAUGUCGGAGUCUAUGGGUCUGGGCGCUGGUCUGUCGUUAGGAGAAUCAUGUCUUCCAACGCUGCUGCUGGGCGGCUCCCACCACCACGUGCCACAUUCACCCCACUCUCACCCCCGACAACCCUGUUUCGACAUGGAUCUGGGAGCUUAGCACACGUACCCUUUGAAGGUACGAUAUCACGGUACCACUGAAGGAAAGGAAUUAACGCCAUCUAGCGGAUAAAGCAAUAUAACCGUUCAGCGACAUCUAUCGGUCGCUGUACGAACUAGUAAUGUUAGAUUUUUGUUGUAAACGAAAUAUUAAACUUAAACCGGCAAAUUAUAAACGUAGUUAUUGUUAUGUGUUUUAUAGAAAUAUCAAUUGUUAUUUAUCGGUAUUUUAUUUCGGUGACAACGUAAAUGGUUGUACGUUUACGCAUGUUGUCAAAAGAUGGCGCUGUACAAUAAAUGUGAAUACACGGUAGCUUUCCCUUCCUGAUUACCUAACAAAUAAGAGAUCUCUUCGAUUGUCUGGUUUUUAAAAGACGUAUAAAUUAUGAGAGAAUGGAUGUACUAUCGAAUAAGUUUCAAAUGUUAAGUCAAGUGUGAGUCGACAUAAACGUGAGAGAGUUCCAUGCCAGCUAUAUUGCGCAAUUGUACGUCAA